CAAAAAUGAACGCCCACUUCCUACUUUCACAUUCAAAUUACACAUUUUCUCAUUACUUACAUUGCUCAGAAGAACGAAAUGCAUAAAGUACAGCAUUUAAAUAUCUAAAUAACAAAAUACAUCAUUAGGAUACAGUAACAAUGGCAGGGAAGUUGGGAAAAUUGUUCGAAACGCAAAAAUCGACAAAGAUUUCUAUUGAUGACACAUUGCCACUGGUUUGCACCAUUGAAAGUGGCGAGAAAAUACAGGAUCAUGUGGAUUACAGUUUGCGAGUGUACAGAGGAAUUACAGGAGAUGUUAACUGGAUGGUUAAAAAAAGAUACACAGACUUUGCAAACCUUGACAGUGAUCUCCGCAUAGCCAACAUUGUCCUCAAUCUUCCGCCAAAGAAAGCCUUUGGAAACUUCAAUAGGGAAUUCAUUGCAGAAAGGCAACUGGCCUUGCAAACUUACAUCACAGAACUGCUACAGAAGCCUAUACUUGCAAACAGUUUACCUAUGAAAAGGUUCCUGGACCCGGACAAUUACUCUUUUAACUUCCUAGAGGAAGCACUACAGCAUGUGUCAAUGGUAUUGAGGUCGGAAAAGAACUGGGAAGUUGUUGAACCAUUGUCAGAUAUAGGCUGGCGGAUAAGAAAGUCAUACAUUCUUGUAAAGCCUUUGAGGGAUCCUAAAGUUCGACAGAUUCUAAGCUGGACUGACUAUGGUCCAUUCCGCUAUCUACCGGAUAAAGAGAUGUCAGCAUUAAUGAAUGUUCUCUGUGAUAUAAAGCAUCCAAAUAUAGUUUCACCGGUCUUGUCGACGUCUAACGAAAGUGGUGGACUUGUUAUACGCCCUUAUGGUGAAAAGGGGACUUUAAAAGACAUUAUCUGCAAGUGUAAACCAAAGGGCAAUUUUCUUAAGAAGUAUGCAACGGCUCCUGCAAAGAUUACGAGAAUGGAUGUACCGGCUAUAAAGCAGUUUGGUAGACAGAUAUUGGAAACAUUGAAUCUACUCCAUGAAAAGGGUCUACCAUAUUGUCACCUACACACGGGAAAUCUUGUGGUCCACAACAACCGGGUGAUGCUGUUGGAUUUGGAAAACUGGCUGCUUGGUUUACCAGCCUAUCACAGACAGCAUGUGCUGCAGUUCAAGAAAAUACAGACUACAGAAAUGGUGGAUGUAUACAGUUUUGGUCAUGUCCUCUAUGAGCUGACAUUCGGUAUGGAGAUGAGAACGGACACAUGUAAUGAAUUCCCUCCACAGUGUGACGCACAGCUUAGAUCCGUCCUAGAGUCCAUUCUGACAAUAGAAGCCUGCAAGAAUGGUCUACCUACAGUCCAGUCCUUGCUCACUCAUCCGUUUUUUUCCGACGUGACCCCACCCCCGAGUGAGAAGCCAUUCCUCAAGAUACCCAGCAAACUCAAGGAGCCAUUAAGAAAGGCGAAGGAAGAGUUUGAAGCCAGAUUGAGGGAGGAACAAAAAGUGAUUUACAAGAAGAACAGAGUGUCGCGCGCCAAGGAGUACCACAUGUCGGAAGAUGUGAAAAAGGAACGAAGAAAAACAAAAAAGAAACCAACAAGUAGAGCUCUAGAGAGUGAAAGGGCUGCAGCAGAGGCAUCGACCAAUGGGACACAAGCGCCCUCUGCCCCCUCAUCUGCUGCUCCUCCUGCUCCACCACCCCCUGGGGCAGGAGCCCCAACCCCACCAGCUGCUCCUCCACCCCCACCACCAGGAGGUACAGCCCCUCCUCCACCCCCUCCAGGCCCUGCCCCAACCCAAGGGGGUGCGCCACCCCCACCCCCUCCUUCCUCCGAGGGAAGGGGUGCUCUACUCAGCUCUAUCUCCGGAUUUAGCAAGGGCGGUCUAAAGAAGGCUGUUACAGUUGAUAAAAGUGCUCCAAAACUGUAGUGUUGUUUGGUUGUAUUCUAUAAUUGUGCUGUAAUAAUAAAGAGCAGCAACAAUGUAGUGCUGGUAUAACUAGUGUCAAGUUAAGCUUAUACAGUUAAGCAGGUUUUAUACAGCAACAUAUCGUUUUGCAGUAAAUUUCUUUGAACAUAUGCAAGCUUUAAAUGUCUUACAGCAUGCUCCGUACACCAGACUCAACUGUGUAUUAGUCACUGAAGCAAAAUGCAACAUUUUAUAUUCUUCUAGAAUCAAAACAUGCAAAGCUGUUAUUUAUUUAUGAUAGGUAAAUAACUUUAAUGUUUAAUCAAAUAUGUGUUAAGGGGGGCUCUCAUUUAAAUUAAUCUUGGUACUUAACAUUCAAUUUGUGAUAAUGCUCUAUGAAACACCAAUUUACUUUAAAUUUGAUGCUUCUGAAGUAAUGCAUUGAUAAUUUGAUAAAAUAUUUUGCUUUGAAAACUUGAGAUUAAGUGCUCCAAACUCUUUGAAAAUACUCCUGAAUAUGAUAAGUUUGAUUGUAUUGACAAUAUUAUUUAUCAAGAAUGUAAAUUCUUUUGGUUUUGUUAAUGUAUCUGUUGGUUAUUUCUGUUUUAAACGAAAUUGAUGUUUUACAGUUUAAAGUGCUCAAAGUAAAAUUAUUCAAUGUUAUGAACAUACUUGCAAGCCAUUCAAUACCAUUGGUUUGUUUUUCAUUUAUAAUUACAUGUUAUGAAUAUUUUUGAAGACCGUCUCUAACAGAUUGUCUGUUUUUCAUAAUUAGUUCAAUGUUAUGAACAUCAUAGAGGGCCAUCAAUGACAGUGUUCUGUUUUUCAUUCAUAGUCAUAGUUAUAAACAUCCCAUUCAAUA